AACAUAUCGCCUCCCAAGUAAAAGAAAUCGCGGUCAGGGUUUUUGGCACUUGAGAGCGGCGCAGCGAGUCAGGCAUUACUCCGUCGAUCACAACAACUAGAUGGGCCACUCAAAUAUUUGGAACUCGCAUCCCAAGAACUACGGUCCUGGAUCCCGAACCUGCCGAGUGUGUGGAAACCCUCAUGGGAUAAUCAGGAAGUAUGGACUGAUGUGUUGUAGGCAGUGCUUCCGCAGCAAUGCGAAGGAAAUAGGCUUCAUCAAGUACCGCUGAAUGGAGAACUCGUUGAUAUCUGUUUUUGAAGGCUCUGUCUGAAAUAUGGUGUGCGGGAGUUUUAUCUUCCUUUUCUUUUAUCAUCUCCAGUGAUGUAAUCUACUGAAUUCUGAAGUUUUAACUAUAUUGUCUUGUGUUAUUUUUAGAAAGGAAUUUGUUUAGAGUA